ACGUCUGGCAAGUUAAAUUUCCUCUCAAUUUCUUGCCUACCAAGCCGCCACUGAGACCUCUCCUUGAACAGAAUCAAAAUUUUCUUCUAUCCCCUCAAAAUCCCACCUUUUAAAUUCUUCGAACAGCUUCCAACCAACAAAUCUCAUUUUUUUCAACAAAGUUUUGAUAUUUGUUGCUUAAUUUCAAGUUCAAUUAAUUUUCUUUACGUUUUCCCGGCAACCAAACAGACUCUUAGAAAAUGCCAAACGCAAUGAGUUCAAUUCAAAGUCCUCUCCAGAUGUCAAUCUCCGAAUCAACCAAUCUCCGGUGUCGUAUUAGUCUCGAAGGUCGAGGAAACGUAAUCAAAUUCAACAACGGCGUGAAAAGAGCGACCACGGUAUCGUGUCUCGGCGUGCACGUGGCGGAUUCAUGUGAGAGCGUGGGGGUGGGUAAGAGCAGCAAGGAGGUUAUGGAGGCGGAGAAGAAGGUGCUGGUGGGGACGUACGCGAGGAUGCCGGCUGUACUUGUGAGUGGCAAGGGAUGUAAAUUGUAUGAUGUUGAAGGACGAGAGUACUUGGAUAUGACUUCGGGGAUUGCUGUGAAUGCGCUUGGACAUGGUGAUGAUGAUUGGGUCAAGGCUGUGGUUGACCAAGCUAAUUUGUUGACGCAUGUCAGCAAUGUGUAUUACUCCAUCCCUCAGAUAGAGCUUGCUAAGCGUCUAGUGGCUUCUUCUUUUGCUGAUCGUGUGUUUUUCACCAAUUCGGGAACGGAAGCAAAUGAAGCAGCUAUUAAAUUUGCCAGGAAGUUUCAGAGACACUCAAAUCCUGAUGCGAAAGAGCCAGCCACGGAGUUCGUAGCUUUCUCCAAUUGCUUUCAUGGAAGGACCAUGGGUGCUCUUGCUCUGACAAGCAAGGAACACUAUAGGUCACCUUUUGAACCUGUCAUGCCUGGGGUCACUUUUGCGGAGUAUGGAAAUAUAGAAGCCACCAAAAAACUGAUUCGGCGUGGCAAAACUGCAGCAGUAUUUGUGGAACCCAUCCAGGGUGAAGGAGGCAUAUAUAGUGCAACAAAAGAAUUUUUACAAUUUCUACGUAGUACUUGUAAUGAUGCUGGGGCUCUUCUUGUCUUUGAUGAGGUUCAAUGUGGUUUAGGCCGGACUGGAUACCUUUGGGCACACAAGUUCUAUGGUGUCUACCCAGAUAUAAUGACCCUUGCCAAACCUCUCGCUGGAGGUCUACCCAUUGGAGCUGUUCUAGUGACUGAACGAGUUGCUUCUGCCAUAAAUUACGGUGACCAUGGAACUACUUUUGCCGGCAGUCCCCUAGUCUGUAAUGCUGCCAUUGCUGUUCUAGACAAAAUCUCGAAACCUGGUUUCUUGGCCAGUGUCUCCAUGAAAGGCCAGUACCUCAAAGAAACUUUAAAGCAGAAGCUUGGAGGAAAUCCCCAUGUCAAAGAAAUACGUGGGCUUGGGCUUAUUAUCGGAAUCGAGUUGGAUGUUCCUGCUUCUCCCCUCCUAGAUGCAUGCCAAGAAUCUGGCCUCCUUGUACUCACUGCCGGAAAAGGCAACGUUGUCAGGCUAGUGCCUCCAUUGAUAAUAACAGAGCAAGAGCUCGAUCAUGCAGUUGAAAUUCUACACAAAUCCUUUCCAGUUCUCGACUCUAAUUCAAACUAGGAAAAAGAAAAUUGCAGCAUAGUUGCAGUUGAAGGAUUCAAUCCUUGAAUUAACAGUUUAUGUUUUAACACCUUCAUAUGAUGAAAACUGUUGGCACCUAAAGCCAAGUUGUGCUUCUUAUUAUUUAUGAGAAACCAGUUAUUUUAGAUCAAA